AUGUCGAAGAAAUCGAAGAAUCCUUUAACAGCCAUGACAGCCGGCUGUAUUGCCGGUGCAGUAGAAGCAACUUGCGUCUGGCCUAUGGAAUAUAUCAAGACGCAGUUACAGCUACAAUCUAAAGCAAAGGGUCACAAACCACUGUACACCGGAAUAGUGUCUGGGCUUGUUUAUACAGUUCGAACAAAUGGAUUCAUCAGUUUAUAUCGAGGUUUAGCACCGACGCUCAUUGGCAGCGUUCCAAAGGCUGGGAUCCGAUUUGGCGGUGUUUCGUUUCUUCGAGAGCUUCAGCGUGAUGGAAAUGGCAAUAUCUCUGUCGCAGCCAACUUCUCCGCUGGCCUCGGUGCCGGUGUUGCAGAAGCAUUGGCUGUCGUCGCUCCAGUUGAAACUGUGAAAACAAAGUGUAUUGAAUUGAACAUGGCGUUUGUACCAGGCUUGAAGCAUAUAGUGAAAACUGAAGGAAUUGGUGGGAUUUAUCAAGGCGCUGCUGCUACUGCAAUGAAACAGGGAUCCAAUCAGGGGCUUCGAUUUAUGUUCUUCAACGAAUACAAGAGAAUUAUUACAAACGAUGGAGAGAAACAAAUCACUCCGAUUCUUUCUUUCUUGGGCGGAAUGUGCGCCGGAUGCUUCAGUACUUUGGGUAAUAAUCCAUUUGACGUGGUAAAGACGAGAAUGCAAGGAACAUCGUCAUCACAGUAUACCAGCACACUUGAUUGCUUUCAGCAAAUUCUGAGAUCGGAGGGAGUCGCGGCUCUCUACGCUGGCGUCGUGCCUAGGUUGGGCCGUGUAGUGCCAGGACAGGGUAUCAUCUUUAUGAGCUUUGAGUCGAUUCAAGGCGUUUUGGAAAACAAUUUUGCAAUUUUUCGUUCUCCUUAG